AUGACUUAUUCAUAUAGGUUUAUUAUAAUAGCUUUCCUAAUACUAUUUUCUUUAUUACAAGUACAUUGUGCUGACAAAUGCAUAGAAUAUAGAACUUAUAAUGAUUGUAUUAGAAGUAUAGAUGACUAAUGUAUAAAUCCUCAAUAUUAUUAAUAGGUAUUUGGGACUAUGAUGCUUGUUAUUAUACAAAAAAUCUAGAACUUGGUUGUUCUGACUUGCUGAACAAGAAAGCAUGUAAUAAAUAGUUAGCUUAUGCUUCAGGAGAAUUAGCCAAAUGUAAAAUAAAUUUUUUCUCUUAGGUAUUUUUACAUCGAAGUGUUAACCAAUACAGGAUUUGAGUUAGGUUAAUUGUUAGGAUAGUCUUUCUAAGCAUGGAUGCAUGUCAAUUCAAAAAACGUCAGAGCUUUGUGAAUGGAAUGAAAAGACAUACACUUGUGAUUAUGUUUCUCAAAUGGAUAAUUUCUAAGACUUUUAAGAUAAAUUAUAUAGUGCAUCAAUUUGUGGAAGGAUUGAAAGUACACUUAGUAAUUAAUUAGAUUAUCUCAUUAUCCACCAUACAUUAUUAUGGACACUUACUCAAUAUAAACCAAAUUUUGUUUUAGAAUCAGAACGUCUUUAUAGAAAAGAUUUAGGAUUAUAAGUAGAGGCUGAUAAUAAAAUAUAUGAAACUGGAAACUUAAAAAAUAACUUUGUAAACUCUGGUGGUUACUUUUAAUGGUAUGAAUUGGGUCAACCACUUGGAAGUGGAUUAAGCAAUUGUAAAAUAUAAUCUAAAAAUAGUGAAAAUUAGUGACAGAUAACGAGAAGGCUGUAUAGCAUUAGAAAUAGUUGAUGAUAGUGAUUAUUAAAUGAUAUUCUCUUCAAAAAUUUAAGAGGUAGGGGUCAAUCAUAUUUAUUGCAGAUAUAUUAAAGGUAUAUUUACUCAUUAAAGAUGCCUUCUGAUAUCUGAUGAAUUAUAAUUACAAAAUGAACAAUUUAUAGCAAAAAAUUCUAUCCUUUGUAGAUAUAUUGAUAGAAAUAGAUGUACAUAUAUUAACUUAAAUUGUAUUCCAUAACCAUUAAAUUCUGAUGGACAAGAAAAAGAAUUUACUUGUCUUGAAGGUAUAAAUAACUAAAAGAGCUCUUGUAUUUCAGAAUCCUCAGAUUCUUUUAGAAAAUGUAAGGGUUUAUCUCAAGAUUAAGGAUGUUAUUUGAAUACUUUAUUAACUCCUCCUGUUUGUAGUUAAGAGUGUAUCACAAAUCAAGAAAGUCUUUGUAAUAUUGAUAAUUGUAAUUGGACUCAAGAAUCAAAUAACUUUAUUGGAUGUGUUCCAAAAUUAGGAUGUAAAUAACCAGGCAUAAAUAAAUAUUAUUGUGUUAAUAUGAGACUUUUAUGUUCUUGGGAUGAAACAUAAAAAUACUGUAGAGAACUUUAAGACUAUUAACUAAAUAUUUUGAAUUGUGAGGCUGUAAUUUCAAAAUUCUCAUGCGGAUCUAUAUAAAAAAUGGGUUAAGAAUGCAUAUGGCUUGAUGAUGAAGGUAAAUGCAUAAACGUGUUAUCAGAUCCAAAAUUAAAAUUAUUUUAAUCCCUUCCAAAAUCAAUGAUUGUAAAUAGAUAAUUAUGCAUGUAUUCAGCAGGUAAGAGAAAAUAUACAAAUUUAAUUUGUGAAUAAUAUUAAACAGAUAAAACUUGUGAAACUGAAGAUAGCAGUUCUUUUAACUAGGAAUUAUGUUUAACAACUCCAAAAUGCCAGUGGGAUGUAUUAUAUGAAGUUUGCAAGGUUUAAGUACCUCAAAAUAAUUGUGAUGCUUUAAUCAAUGUUUCAGCUCCUGCAUGUGCAACUUUUAUGAAUUGUAAAUACAAUUUUCAAACAAAGAGUUGUCAAUCAUAAUCCACUAAUUUAACAUGUGAUGACCAAGGAAUAAAAAAAGAAAUUUGUCUCGGUUUAUCUGAUUAACCAUGUAAAUGGAGUAAUGGAUUUUGUUAAUAAGUGACAUCAUUUAAUCAAUAUUGCACUUCAUACAAUAAUGUAUCUUAAAAAGUUUGUGUAUUAUAAUCUACUGAAAAAUGUUAAUUUUUUUAAAACAAAUGUAUUUUAGUAGCAGUUGCCCCAACUACUUGUGAAUCCUAUUUUAAUAAAUAUACAUGUUAGUUUAGCACAGAAGCUUGUUAUUUUGCUGGAGAUUCCUGCUAAAUAUUAACAUCAUCUAAUUAUGAAUCUUUGACUUGUGAAGGUUUUUAUCUUAGUAAAAAGGCAUGUUAAUAAAUUACAAAACCUAAUGAAAGGUGUUCAUGGGAUGGAGAAAAAUGUGUUUAUUUUAAAUCCACUUAACGUUAUAAUUGUAUGGCUAAUACAUCAAUUAGUUAGGCAGGUUGUAUUAGUAUUAUAUCCCCUGUUCCAAGAUAAUCAUUAGAUGAAUAUUAUUGUGCUUAUAAAUUUCCAGAUAGGAUAUGUGCUUCUAUUGCCUCUUCUACAACUAUAGCAGACUGUGGAAAUGCUAAUUUAUUAUUAAAUCAAUAAACUUGUUCUUAGCUUACAAGUGGAAAUUGUAUAUUUGUUGAUUAAUAAUGCAAGAGCGAGCCUUCAGACUCAUCAAAAAGUCGUUAUUGGAAUCAUCAUUUAAAAAAAAUAAGUUGUGAUUACGCAAAUAAAAACACUUGUUAAAAAGUUAAAAAUAGUAUCUGCUAGGUUAAUUCAAAUUUUUGUUUGAUGGUAAUUGAACCAAAGCUUAUUUGCUCAUUUCCAACAAAUAUCUCAACAUACAAUCCAACUUAAUACUGUGCUAAUUCGCUUUACAGCGACAACACUUACUCAACUGAAGUUAGAUGUAAAAUUAAUAGUGCACAGAAUAAUUGUGAGGUGCCAUCAAAUUCUAAUUAUUAUAGUUGUGAUGAGCCAGGAAUUAAUAUAAAAAUUUGUUUUGAAGCAACUUAUGGUUAAUGUGCUUUUAUAAAUGGUAAAUGUACUUCUGAUCUCAGUUAAGUAUCUUCAUGUAAAUAACUUAAUAAGCAGGCUUGCUUAAAUAUGAAUAUGUUAUGCGGUUAUUUUACAAAUAUAUGUAUUCCAAAUAGUACUUCAUCCUUAUGUCCUGCUUCUAUAACAAAUACUUCAUGGUUUCUAUGUUCAAGCAUUUAGAAUUGUUAUGGCAUAUUAAAUGGUUGUAAGUAAAUGGCAACUACUAUAAAUUUAAAAUGUGAAACCCCUGGAAUUGGAAGAUCAGUUUGUGAGAAAUCUUUAUAAAAUUGCUCCUUUAUUAAUGGUGUUUGCAAAACUAUUUCAAAGAAUAAAUGUGAAUUUGAGUAUUCAAAAGAAGAUUGUAUUAAUAAUUUGUAUUAUAACUGUGUUUAUGAUAAAGGAUAAUGUUAUACAUAAAAUUUAUAAGUUAAAUGUGAUAAAUACGAUUGGACAAAUUAUAAUUUUUGUAGAUAAUUUCCAUAUUGUCAAUAUAUUAAUAAUAAAUGCAAAGAUUUUAGUUUGCUCAGUCAAAUUUAAAAUGAUAAAAUAGAUUAUACAAAAAAUUGUAAUGUAUUUUUAAAUUAAUUUGAUUGUUUAAAUUAAUGGUAAGUAAUAUGUAGUUAUAAUUAAAAUUUAGGAUGUUAAAAUACAAGUAAUAAUCCAAGUUAAUGUCCACAUUUAAUGUAAUAUAGUAAAAUGAUGUGUUAAAAAUAUGAAAAUUGUGAUUUUUAAUUUGGAUAUUUUUGUAUUGAUAAAACAUAAAGUUUAAGUUGUUCUGGAUUAUCUAAUUAAUUAUGUUUAUAAGAUAUUUCAGAUUCAUUAGCUUGUUAUUGGGAUGGUACUAAUUGUUAAGAUGUUACAACUUAAAUUUGUUAAGAUGUUUAAUCUUAUACAAUCAAUUAUUCUGGAUGUACUAAAAUAAGCAAUUAAGAUAAUUAAAAAUGUAUGUAUUAAUAAUCAACCUCUAAAUGUAAAAUAUUAAAAGAAAUUAAUAAUUGUUCUGAUUUUACUACUAAUAUUGAAUGUGCUAUUAGAGCUAAUGUUUCUUGUUUAUUAGGAAAUCCUAAUGAUCCAACUACUACUUGUACUUCUUCAAGUGUUUUUAAUGCAAAUUUAAAUCUAUAUGGAUGUACUUAAUUAACAGGAAAUGCUUAUUAUUAUGAUAUUUAUAAUUAUUAAUGUGGAUCACUAACUGUGGCAAACUAUGUAAAUAUUUAAGGAUGUCAAUAUUUAAAUAAAUAAAGUUGCAUUGAAAUAACAAGUGAUAUCUUAACUAUAAAUUGUGGAUGGAUAGAUAAUCAAUGUUAAUAAUUAAUAGAUCUUACAAAUUUAAAUGAUUGUAGUUUAUUAAAUAAAUAUGCUUGUAUUAAUAUUGAAAAUUCAAAUCUUGUUUGCGAAUGGAACGUUUCAACACGUACUUGUUCAUAAUCAACUCAAACUAGUUGUUAUGUUCCAGCAUCAAUUCCAGCAAAUCCUUCAGUUUUAUAUUCAUUAAGUUUAUGUAGUAAGGGAAGUAAUGCAAAUGCUUGUAUGGCUAAUUCAUCAAAUACAGGAUGUAUUACAUUUAGUUAUACAAUUGAAAUUUGUGAAAAUAUGGGAUUAAAUAAAAAAGCUUGUUUAGAAUAAACAACAGGAUAUUGUAAAUGGUAAAAUAAUCAAUGUUAAAAUUCUUAAUUAGAUAAUUUGAAUUGUAAUUCUGAAGUAAAUAAAAAUACUUGUUUGGCUAUUAAUGAUAAUUUAUGUUAAUGGAAUGAUACAACUAAAACAUGUUCUAUUAAACCAUUAAAUUAAUGUUCUGAUGCUAUUAAUUAUAAUUAAUGUAUGAAUGUACCAAAUUAAUUUUGUGAAUUUACUGAUACUUGCAAGAGUUUUGGAAAUACUCCUAAGAUUUGUAAAUAGGGAUUUAAUAAAUAUAGCUGUUAGAAUGUAACAGAACAAAUAUGUUAAUUCAGCAAUAACUAAUGUUCAAUCUUAACAACAUAUGAUUCAAGGAAAGAAUGUUCUAAAUUAUAAAAUGAACAAAAUUGCAAAGCUUCUCCAUUUCAUUGUUUUUGGCAAGGAACUGUGUGCGUUUUUAAGGAUUCAAGUUGUUAUAAAAAAUCAACUGAGAAUACUGAUUGUUAUAAUUUUGAGUAUCCUUGUGGUUUAACUAGUUGUACUCCAACUAAACCACUUUCCUGUGUGUAGAUAUAUAAUAGAAUAGCAUGUCUAGAUUCUGAUUUCUUUUGUUAUUGGGAUAAUACAUCAGGAUGCUAAAAUUAUUAUUCUACAUAAACAAGUAUCAACUGUGAAACGAUUAAUUUAUAAAUAAAUAGAAAAGUUUGUCAAUAUUAUGCUUCUAGCAGUUGUGAAUAUAGAGAUUAUGUUUGCACUUCAAAUUUAUCAGAUAUUUUUUAUGAACUUAAUCCUAAUUAUAAGGUUGAAGCAACUUUAGUACCAAUUUAAUUAGAUUGUUCUGAAAACUUGACAGAGUUUGAUUGUGUCACAAUGACAUAAUUGAAAUGUUAUUGGAAUACAACUUGCAAAUCUAUUGAAGGAGAAACAGUUUCAUGUAGUUCAAAAUUAAACCUCUUAGCUUGUUAAGAGAAAGACUGCUUAUGGAGAUAAAGAAAAUGCAUUUUUAAAUAGGAUUAUAUUUUUUAGCCAAAACCUAUUCUAGAUUAGUAAGUAACUGAAUGUACAACUCAAUACAUAUCUAAAGUUACUUGUAUAAAUAUAUCUGAUAUAUCAUGCACCUAUGAUGAAACUAUAAAUUAGUGCAAGAAUGUUACAUUUGAAGAUGUUAAAACUUGUUCAGAUUAUCAAUUGGUUAAUAAAAAAACUUGUUAAAUGAUUCCUACUAAGUCUUGUAUUUAUGAUUCAGAUUCCUUAGCAUGUAAGGAUUUUAAUGGGACUAUUACUGAUCUUGAAACUUUAUCAAAAACAGCUUGUUUGUCUCUCAUCUAAGCAGCAUAUUGGGAUAAUGGAUGUCAUUUAACUGAUAAUUUUUUAUGUGAUUAAGUUUUUGAAGUCACUUAAGCAACUUGCCAACUUGUAAAAACAUCUUGUAUUUAUAAUCAAGAAUUAAAAAAAUGUACAUCUGAAUUCAAUGUUAAUUCUUUAUUUUGUGAUUCACCAGGAUUAAGUAAACAGGCAUGUACAUCAAUUAUAAGAGAACCUUGUAUUUUUGUUGAAGGCUAAUGUAAAAUAUUACCUUCUAAUUAUACUUGUGAAUAGGCUAGAAAUGUGAAUGAAUUAGGAUGUGCAUCAUUAGAAGAUUCCUGUUCCUAUGAUAUUCUAAAUAAAAAAUGCAAGACAGUAACUAAUUCACAAGUAUGCUAAAUUCCUGGACUCUCAAAAUCUGCUUGUUUAUUAAAUUCCUCAUGUAUUUUUAAUUCAGAUUUUAUGAAAUGUUAAUGUAAUAUAGUUGCAACAUAGAGCAUUUGUGGAAAUAAGGAUUAAAUUAAAUGUGCUGAAUAAUAAUUAUGCAUGUUUGAUAAUAAAUAUAAUUCUUGCAGAAGAGUACGUUGUGAAGAUUUAGGUUAAAUUGAGUGUAAAAAUUCUAGACUAAAUAUGGUUUGCUUUUUAAAUAAUGGUGUUUGUUAAAGUGCAAGUAAAUGUGAAGAUAUUGUUAAUGUUGAUCAUUCAAUAUGUAGUUCAAUUACGUUUGAAUCUGGAGAGAAAUGCAUAGGAAUUAAUUCUAGAUGUUUGAAUGAAAGAAACUAUGAACUUUAUUGUCAAUUAUCAGAUUGCUCUAGUAAAUUUUGUAAGAAAUCUAAUAUUUGUGAAGCAAUCAAAUGUUCAGAUUUGACUAAUUGUACUUUAUUAGGAAAUAAAUGUGUAAAGUCAGGGGAUCAAUGUGUAGAUAAUAUUAGUUGUUAAUAAUUAAGCUCAUCUUAAUGUAUUCAAAUUCAACUAUAUAAUACAUAAAAAUGUUUAAUUCAAUAAUAGAAUAUUUAUCAGGAUGAAUUGAUAUGUACAUCUUAAGUUUGUGCAUUAUAUGGAUCUUCUAAUCUUUGUAAUGGAAAUUAGUUCAAUAAUUUUACUUGCUUAUUGAAAGAUUCUUAAUGUUUACCUUGUGAAUUUAUUCAAGAUCCAUGUACAUGUUCCUAAGCAAAAAAUAUUUGUCAAUGGGGAAAAGAUAGCUGCAUUUCAAUAUCCUGCUCAUCCUUUUCUACGACAGAAAGUUGUAAUGAAAUAACAAGAUGUUCAUGGAGUUCCUUUUACAAUAGUUGCCAAUUACAUUGCAAUUUAAUUAUUUCUUAAGAAGAUUGUAACAUUAGAUAAGAUGAAUGUUACUAUGAUUUAGCAAAUAAUGUUUGCCAAGUGGGAUCUUAUAACUCUCCUGAUUUAAGCGUUAAUAUUAAUAUAUCGACGAUAUAUGAAUUAAUAAUUGCAGUAGCUAAUUCCAUAUUGAUAUUAUAUUUUAUUUGA